ACACAACACAAUGCAAAAAGACUCAUUCAAUUCAACCACCACAACAUUGCCAAGUAAUAGCCUGCCAAACAAAAAACCAAUAUUUGUGACGAUACAAAAAUCUGGAAACAAUAUUAUUUUAGCGAAGCCAAAACUUAUAACAGCACCUCCUUCUCAAAUACCGAAACUUUAUGUUUCCUCAUCACAUAUAAAACUUGGAAAAUCAAAUGGUUCUCACCUUAAAGUACUAUUACAACAAUUACAACAUGGCCCAAACAAAACGUAUCCUCCAGUAAAUAUAAAUUUCAUUCACAACCGAAAGAAGUCGAUUAAACAUUCGAUCGAAGCCAGUAAUGUAAAUUGCUCGUUGAAGAUGCAGGGAAUUGCACCAAAUUUUAAAACAAAACCCGUCGAAAAGAAAUUCUAAAAAAACAAAUCCGAACGAUGCAUCUGGAAUACCGAAGUACAAAUUCCCUCUUCCUCCUCCGAAAAUGAAUUUCACGGUUCAAACUAAUACGGUCUUUAACACGGCAAUCGAUGAAAACACGCAGGACACACAAAUUAUUCCACCACCAGAUACUUCAAUGUCAUCGAUUUGCAAUGAAACCUCUGACGACGGUAGGAAUUGUUUCAGUUUUUCGUUGGCCUUAAGUAGCACGUCAAUAAUACUAAAUUGCUAAGUGAUAACUCGAUAUAAAAGAGGUUAAAAAAGGUUAACUUAGAAUAACUAAAAUUUGUUGGUUUUCAUCAAUUCAGAUCAAUUCAAUGGCGUUCCAAGUAACUGUGCUUCA